GGCUACAGCCGGCAAUGUCUCCUACGAUGUGUGUAUGCUCAUUGUCUGAUGAGGGCACCACUGGGCUAGCAGUGAGAGGAGAUACUUGCCGGCGUCGUAAUUAAAUAGCGAUAUGGUAUGUGCCGCCUGACAUUCUAUGCGCCGCAGGCUGUCGUUUCUUUCGUUCAUCUCCCGUCUAUUCUUCUGAUUGUCGAUCUCCUUCUGUCCACCCCCCUCCUGGGUUCUGUUUCGUCUCGUGGCUUCCUCAAGUGCCCCUCACUGACUUGGCUGCAGAAGAGAACCGCUCGCAUGAUAUAUCAAGCUAGGAUAUCCCAAAAUGUCUACUAUUUCCGAGCUUAAUCCGGGUGCAACCGGCCGAAUAUGAGUCUUAUGUGGCUGGCGAUAUACUUGUAGCGUCUCCUUUUUACCUGCCUGACCCUCCGUCA